AUGUUUCGAUUACAACGGUUUAAGUAUACUGCGUUCAUCGGACAAGUGGGGCGCUGUGUCCGGAACAUGUUCAUUCAGGUACAAGAUACGCCCAACCCGAAUAGCAUGAAGUAUUUUCCUGGGAAAGACGUACUGGGUGCUGGCACUUUUGAUUUCCCUUCCAUGGUCCACACGAAACGCUCCAAUUUGGCCCGCCAGUUGUUCGGUAUCCAGGGAGUGGAGCGCGUUUUUUUCGGCCCCGACUUUAUCACAAUCACCAAGGCCGAGGAUGUGGAUUGGAAGGUCAUCAAGCCCGAGGUGUUCGCCACCAUCAUGGAUUAUUACGCUUGUGGUUUGCCUAUCAUGAAUGAAGCGGUGGAAGACGAGUCCACUGCCGUUGAAGAGGAUGAGGGUGAUGAAACUGUGAUGAUGAUUAAGGAACUCCUUGAUACUCGAAUUCGGCCCACCGUUCAGGAAGACGGAGGUGAUGUCGUCUACAUGGGAUUCAAAGAUGGCAUCGUUAAGCUCAAAUUGCAAGGCUCCUGUUCCAGUUGUCCGAGUUCCAUCGUCACACUGAAAAAUGGGGUACAAAAUAUGCUGCAAUUUUACGUACCGGAUGUGUUGGGUGUUGAACAAGUCGAAGAUGAGGCGGACUCUGUCUCCGCGGAACAGUUCAGGCGAACCGAGGCCGAGAUCGGUGCCGAUAAGCCAAAAUCAUGA